AUGGCUGAUUCCGGCCCGAGAAGCUACAGAAUGGCCGCUGAAGCCGCCGCCGAGAUCGUGUCACAGAAACUAGAUAUUCUUCUCUCUCGCCCUGAGUGGGUUGGGUGUUUUCCGAUGGAAACCCUCGUGAAGGACGCCAAGGAAAACCUGGCCACGAUCCAAGGAUUGAUUUCCACUAUAGGCAGAUCGUCCAGCAGCACAGAGUGGGCGGGGCGGCUCCUCCGAGCCCUGUACGACGCUGAGGAAUUCAUCGACAAGUUCCACCUCAAAGUGGCCCGUGGGAGGCACCAAGCCCUGCACGCUGCCACGAGGCCGCUCGUCACGCUUGUCCACAAGUACAUGCUAUGGAGGGACAUGUCCAAUUUGGUGAAGGCCAUGAAGGAGUUGUGUUCAGAUCAGUACUUGACAGACAAGGUGGAGACCGGGGGGGAGAGGAAAAAGGAAACUGCUGGUUCCUCCUCCCUCGCUAGUGCUCCGUGGGAAGGCCAAAAAUUGAAGAGACCGACUGAUUUCUGGGACCGGCAUGCACCGACGAACUUUGUAUGUCGUGGGACUCUGAAAGAGAAAAUUGUGAAGCGGAUCAGGGAGGAAGCGCAGUUGAAGAUAGUCCAUAUGAUUUCGAUCUGGGGUGAGAAAGGCGCUGGAAAGACGUUCCUCGCGAGAUGGGUCUACAGGGAAGCAAUGUACCUGGGCUUUGAUAUGCGAGCUUGGGUCCACAUCUCGGCCAUCAACGACCGGCAGGAGUUCCUGCUCGAGAUACUGAAGCAAAUGGACAAGCUAGCAAGGGGCGCGAUGGAUUUCCAAAGGAUACAGGAAAUGCUGAGCCAGAAAUUGGCCAAUGAGAAGAGGUUCCUCUUAGUCCUCGAUGACGUGCUCCCGUCUCACUUGGAACUCUUGGAACAGUUAUUGAUAGUCAUCCAGCCGCACACUUCGCAGGGCCACAUAAUCAUCACAACUGAAGAUGAUACGAUGGCCGAGAUGAAUACAGACUGGACAGGGCCGAUAGAGCUAGGAAAAUUGGGCGAUGAAGAAAGUCAGAGGAUGCUUGCAAUGAAGUUGUGCAGAGGACCCCAAUUUCUGAGCUCUCCGCAAGCAAAGGAUAAAUUCCUAAAGCAGAUUCCCGCCUUGCCGCUCUGUAUAUCCUUACUCAGUGGGUUACUGUCGUAUGCUAAAGGGCAUGCAGCAUUGGCGAAUGAUGGUUCUGAGAUUUCAGUAUCAAAUCUACUAGAAUUGAUUUAUGAUAGUCUGCCAGUCCAACUAAAACCGUGCUUCAUCUACAUGGCCUUGUUCCCCGUAGCUACUCCAAUUCCGACAAGAAGGCUAGUGAGGUUGUGGUUGGCUGAAGGCUUAUUGGAUUCGCAUUGUUGCAACAGAGGAAGGAAAAUGACGCCUGAGGAAGUGGGGGAGACUUUCAUUCUGGAGCUCGCGGAUAGGAGCGUGAUCGAUGUGGUGAGCUGGAGGGCGGAUGGAUCCCCCAAAGCUUGCCAUAUGCUCACCUCUCUGUAUGACUUGAUCCACCAGACCACGAUUAGCAUGGGGUCCCUCCACAUCCAAAACGCUAGCAAGUCUAAAGGCAGGAACGAACACGACCCAACCAGCCAGCACCAACGGUCGCUGGAUGCACCUCGGGAGAAGACCAAGGUCCAGUUCACGAAGCACACAAACAUGGUCGGAGGCAAAGACAGCAACCCACCCGAUUUGAAGCUCGGCCACGUCCAUUCGCUUCUGCCACUCUACAUGAGGAGAGGCAUACUCUCUGAGGAAAUGGACACAUUCCUUGGGAAGAUGACCUCCAAGGCUGACUAUAGCUUGCUAAGGGUGCUUGAUUUGGAGGGUGCGUAUCGGCCAUCCUUGCAAGGUGUGCUUCGCAAGCUGUUGCUCCUAAGGUACCUAGGAUUGAGAUCCACGUUGUUGGAUUCAAUCCCACGCGAGGUUGCGGAUCUGCGAUAUCUUGAGACUCUUGACAUAAAGGACACCAACAUCACUUCGCUGCCGAGUUCCUUGUGGAGGGCCAGGAACUUGAGGCACCUACAUCUCAACUGGUUCUGCAUAGACCCGAGGAAGAUCCUCAAGGCUUGGAGGAAAAAUCCCACGGCCUUGACUAAACUCCAAACCUUAAGCGGCCUGAUCAUGAACACGAUGACGGGCCACCCGGACAAGUUUUUUGUUUGGUUGGACACGAACAGUUUGACCACGCUCACCAAGCUCAAGCUUUUCUUGCAACACUUCGAUAACGACACCUCACGCCCUGUGGGACAAGCAGUAGCCAGUUGGAUUAGCUCGAAGCUUACCAAUCUCCAGUCCUUGACCUUUGGGGUGAUCCAAGAAACCAGGCCCGCGAUAGAAGCCCAGCUCACGAAAGAAGUCACACCAUCUAAAGAAGCCGAGCCCGCGAAAGAAGCCGAGCCAGCGAAAGAAGCCGAGCCCAUGAAAGAAGCCACAAAAGUUGACAAGCCAACGAAAGAAACCAAGCACUUGGAAGGACCCAAGCCCGCGAAAUCGCAGAUAGGCCCGUUGCCGAAACUGUCGUUGAAUGAACAUCACGAACUGUUCGAUCUCUACUUGAUGGGCCCACUCGAUACACACACCUGGAAAACACUCAUGCCGAGCUCACUCAGGGCAUUGACUCUGUCGGGUUCGAGGGUGGUGGAAGAAGGCAUGAUGCCCGACUUGGGUGAUCUCCUGAAGAACCUGAGAACACUCAGGCUCUUGGCCAACUCUUUCCUAGGCACUCGUCUGAGGUUCAUCAAAGAUGGGUUUCCAAAACUCAUGAUCUUGAAGAUUUGGAAGCUGCCUCAGCUUGAGGAGGUGGUUAUCGAAGGAGGAGCAAUGCCACACCUCAAAGAACUGGAGUUUAGGCAACUCGAGAAAUUGGAAACUGUUAAAGGGAUCGAGGAGUGCAACGAAUUGGAGAAUAUAUGCGUGAUAUCCCCAAGCGGUGCUCUCGUUGACCAACUCAAGGGAAAAAUAGGGGAGAAGACGAAUCUGCACGUUGAAAAUGACAUCAGAAGGCCCAGGUCCCUCUAG